AUGCGGCCGCCACGGCUGCUUCUGUUUCUCGGUUGCCUUAUCUUUCUUCCCAUCCUACUCACCACUCUUUCACUUCUCUCCGCGCAUCCUAAACGCGAUACUACAGCUGCCUCGUCGGAUAUCCAGCGAACUAGCCGUCUACGAGCGUUGUUUUCCUUCCAUGCGCCAUCUGCCCUUUUCCCUCCGUCUGCGAUAAUCAGCUUAACGGAAGAUAAUUCAACUUUCUUUCUAGCACGGCCUGCUGCGUUUGGGCCCAUUUUGCCAUCGAAGGGCUUAAGCGGUGCCCUAUGGAUUGGAAGUGGAUUUGGCGACGAUAAUUUGCGGAGCGGCGGUGUAGGAGUGGCUGCUGAAGGCGAACUGGGAUGCUCUGAUGUACCUGGGUGGGAAAGCGGCAGUCAGACUACACGCCCUGGGGCCGGCCCCCAGUCUCAAAAUCAGAAGGCCAAUCGAGGCAGCGAAAAGUCUGAAGCACACCUCAACCUCAACAAUCGACAAAAACGAGGCAGUGAUGACAAAAGUAGAGCUCCAGCAGCAAAUGGUCCUAGUGAGGAUGACGGAACAGAUGAUCACCUGCAUCACCCGCUGCACCAGUCGCAGAACCCGAAUUCAGACCGAGUGCACAAUUUGAAUGAUAAACAUAGAGGUUCUACCCAUGCUGAUAUACAAUCGUUACAAGAAGGGGCGGAAAUAUCUGGAAAAGUUGUUCUGCUAAGCAGAGGUGGCUGUGGAUUUUUGGAAAAGGUGAAGUGGGUACAGCGGAGAGGUGGCCUUGCCUUAGUCGUCGGUGAUGAUACCCGAGGAGGCGGGCUUGUUACGAUGUAUGCGCGUGGUGAUACAUCUAAUGUGUCCAUUCCAGCUGUCUUUACUUCCUACACAACGGCCCACCUUCUUUCCUCACUGGUCCCGUCGCACAGGAGACUGGAUGUCUCAAAGGCUACUUUAGAUGGGAGGCGUAAAAAUCGCCCGGGCUCAAAGAAUGGAAAGCCUGCAACAAAGACCACAUCAAAGCCAAUCAUUACACUUCCGGCAAAGUCCAACGUCGACUCUUCCCAAGCUCUUCACAGAGGGUAUUUCAAGUCCCUUACGUCCUUUUUACGACCCUCUCUGCAUGAUGCCCAUCAUUCAAAUAUUCAUGAGGAUAGCCGCCGGCCACCAAGUAGCGGAAACCUUGACUUCAAGUCCGAACAUCGAAUGUCACCCAGUAAGCCAGUGGAUGUUAACGUACCACCUCGCGCCGGGAGCCCUUCAGAUAGCUCAGCAAUUACCAGUGCCGGCGAGUUUGUCAUUGGUGUUCAAGAUUGGCGUGAUCCUGACCUCGUUCCUGUUCGACCCAGUACAAGCGCUUCGUCGACUACCUCCCCGACACCAAGCCCUAAUAAACCAUCUUUCAAAAACCAGGGCAAGGAUUGGAGUAGCCUUGGAGGCGAAAGUAUUACCCCAGCAAGUGGGGAGUAUAAGGUUAUUAGAAAUGACGAUGGUGUAAUUAGUUCUGGAAGAGAUGAAACAAGUCAGGGCAGACACUGGUGGAAUGGCUUAGGAAAGUCAGUACAUGACGAUAAGCGAUCAAUUUUGGAAUCCGAUCGACGCCUGUCCGAAACCAGACGUUCUCAUGGAGCCUUCAACAUACCUCGAGCCGCCCUGGCUGGGUUUGGAGAGGGAACUGAACAUGAGGGUCUGUGGGUAACAUUGUCUCCGACGACCAUGUCAACAAGCCCGUUUUUCGACACGUUACUGGUAUUAGUGGUCAGCCCACUAAUUACCUUGACUGUUGUAUAUGCGCUUCUAUUGCUUCGGUCCCGAAUUAGACGCCGUCGGUGGCGUGCCCCGAAAGCUAUCGUCGAUCGUCUUCCCGUGAGAACCUACCAUUCCAUCCCGACGAUUAGCACGCCUAAUACACCAACGACUCGUCCUCCAUCACCAUCGUCCCCCUUGCUCUCGAACUCCCGGUCACAUUCGCCACGCCCACGACCGCGCUCUCAAACAUGUGUCCCUAUUUCCGCUUCGUCCAACUCGUUAGGCGCUGGACAUGAAAGGGCUGAAAAGUCCCAAUCAGGAUCCACUUUAUGGCGCCGUAAAUAUACUGGACGGCAAGUUGAGUGCGUUGUAUGCUUGGAAGAGUAUAUCGAUGGCCAAAGUAGAGUCAUGAGCUUGCCAUGUGGCCACGAAUUCCAUGCUGAAUGCAUCACUCCCUGGCUUACUACACGCCGGCGCACUUGUCCCAUUUGCAAAGGGGAUGUUGUACGCUCCCUGGGAGCUGCUGCAUCUGGCGCACGGAUUGAGGACACUGAACCCACAUCCACGAACGGUCAGGCCCAGAUUGCGGAGAUGCGAAACGACUCUCCAACAUCGACAAUUCCCAUUCCUGACGAUGAUCCGGACUCUGACCUGGAGCGUGGAGCUAGCCCGUCAACUUCGUUGCUCGGGAAUUCUGACGCGUCGACAGUACAGCCGAGCUGGCGAAAUCUUGCAAAUCUAAGCCUAUCCGCGUUAAGUGGUGAUUCGAUGUGGCAUCAGCCUAGGCACGCCCAUCCCCAUAGGAAUCGUUGA